AUGGACGACGCGACUCUGGUGUCUCUAUGGGUUCUCACCUGGUGCGCGGUCGGGUUGAUCUCGAUACGCUUGGUGAUGCGGAAAAUUCGUGGGAAAGCAUUUGUCUUGGGCGAUUAUCUGUCGCUCUGUGCGAUUCUCUGUGCAUUGAUCCGGUUGGCGCUCGUUCAUGUCAUCAUUAUCUGGGGCACGAAUAAUAUGUCGCCUGGAUUUCGAUAUUCGCACCACUUCACCUCGAAGGAGAUCUAUCGUCGAGAAACCGCGAGCAAGUUCACCCUGGUUAAUCGAGUCUUCUACAACACAUAUCUCUGGCUUCAAAAGUUCAUCUUGCUUGACACGUACCGUCAUUUGCUCCGCAACCUCAGCUGGGAACGCAUAACUCUGGGCACAUAUGUCUUCAUAUUUGCCGCAACCUACGUGACAGUUCAGAUCGUGACCUUCACGGAAUGUGACCCUUUCGACCAUUAUUGGAUUGUGCUUCCAGAUCCUGGACUCUGCUCUCAAGCACAGCUGCAGCUAGUUGUACUAGGCGUCCUGAAUAUUGUUACAGAUCUGAUGUUGAUCGUUUUACCGGUCCCACUAUUGGUCAAGGUCAAACGGCCUUUAAUGGAGAAACUGCAACUUGCAGCCCUUUUCGCUGUUGGUUUUUUCAUCGUCGUGAUUACCGUCAUCCGUCUUCCUCAAAAUGCCCGGCAUUCAACAGCGCAGGUGAAUCGCACAACCUGGGCAUCUGUUGAGCUCUUUGCAGCGGCAAUCGUGGCUAAUGCACCAGUUUUAUACGGAUUCUACCGAGGAGAGCGGGAAGCAUCUCGGUCGAGGACCACCGAAGGAACAACUCGGCAGCAGUCAUCGCUAGGGCGCGGAGGAACAAUCUCACGAGAUCCGGAGUUGGAGAUGCAGCCACUACCAGCAGGCCACCUCCGACAAACUUCUAUGCUCGGGUCUAAGCGUCGCUCACGGCCCAUGCACGGUUAUACGGAAAUCGAUGAGGGCAGUAGUGGCCAUCUGGUUAAAGAGCAAGGAUGA